CGCUUUUCUAACAUAAAAGAUUCUAAAAUUGGUCCUAAAAGACAUGGUUUAUCAAAACACCAAUGGCUAACAACUACGUUUCAUCUAUCCAGAAGCUGCUUCUUUUUCUUCUUAUUAUCUUGUGUCGCAAUGCUGUUGAUUCUGCAUCAAUUAUCAAGUAUCUUCCUGGUUUUGAAGGUCCUCUUCCUUUUGAGCUUGAAACCGGGUAUAUUGGUGUUGGUGAGGAAGAGCAAGUGCAGUUGUUCUACUACUUCAUUAAAUCUGAGAGGAAUCCUGAAGAAGACCCUAUUCUUCUCUGGUUAAGUGGUGGACCUGGUUGCUCUUCAAUCUCCGGUCUUUUUUACGAGAAUGGGCCUAUGACUGUGAAGUUGGAUGUUUAUAAUGGAACUGUUCCUUCCUUGGUAUCUACGACAUAUUCAUGGACUAAGAUUUCGAGUAUAAUAUAUUUGGAUCAGCCUGUUGGAACUGGCUUCUCCUAUUCAAGAAAAUUUGCUAGUAAACCUAGUGAUUCAGGAGAAGUCAAGCUGAUCCACGAGUUUCUUCACAAGUGGCUAAACAAGCAUCAAGAGUUUUCCUCCAACCCUUUCUAUGUUGGUGGAGAUUCUUAUUCCGGUAUGGUUGUUCCAGCACUCGUUCAAGAAAUCUCAAAAGGAAACUAUGUAUGCUGCAAACCACCAAUAAAUCUUCAGGGCUAUGUGCUUGGGAAUCCGACAACCGAAGUUGCAUCUGAUGUUAACAGUUGCAUUCCUUAUGCUCAUGGAAUGGCACUGAUCUCUGAUGAACUUUACGAGUCUAUGAAGAGAAUCUGCAAAGGAGAAUAUGUAACUGUUGAUCCAAGUAACAAAGAAUGCUUGAAACUCAUUGAAGAUUAUCAUAAGUGCGUUGAUAAAUUAAACUUCGCACUUAUUUUAACGCCACCGUGCGAAGAAUCUGAACACACACCUCCCGAUUGCUAUACUUAUCGUUACGUGUUAACUGCCUAUUGGGCCAAUGAUGAGAGUGUGCGCAAGUCUCUUCAAAUUCAUAAGAAAAGUAAAAAGAAAUGGGUACGUUGUAACUGGGGAUUACCAUACACUCGUGACAUUAAAAGCAGUGUCCCGUACCAUAAGAAUAACAGCAUCGAUGGCUACCGUUCUCUCAUCUACAGUGGUGAUCACGAUAUGUUCGUGCCUUUCCUUGGAACACAAGCUUGGAUUAGAUCUCUUAACUAUUCUCUCAUUGAUGACUGGAGACCCUGGAUGACAAGCAAUCAAAUCGCUGGAUACACAAGGACUUAUGCUAAUAAGAUGACAUAUGCGACGAUCAAAGGAGGAGGACACACUAUGGAGCAAAAACAUUGUUAUUACUUUUACCACCAAAAAAAAAUAAAAAUAAAAUUAUUGUUCUAUUAAAGCAUUUGUAUCACGCCUUCUCCAUAAGAAGCCUUUAUUAUUAAGGUGAAACUUCUAAUGUGCUACUACAUUUGAUAUUUUUGUUUUGCAGUUGGAUGUACCAACAUUGUAUCAUAUGAUCACACUUAUAUUUGAAUCUUAAAGAAUAAGCCAAACCGUUUGGCUAAGCCUAAAUUUUUG